UGAUUCACAUUCAGUUGUUCAACGUCGUGUAAUCGUGCUGGCCGAGUUAUACUGUAAUCUAGUAAAAUAAACAAACUUAUAUAAAUAGAAAGAUAAUCUUUAUCUUAUCGUGUACUUGCAAUAAAUCGAUCAUGAAAAUUCACCAUAAAGUAUUUGAAGCGAGCGUGCUAUGAUGUGCUAAUUGGAGUAAAAAAUAUUGUAGUGUUUAACAUUUUGAGAAUUAAUAAUUUUGAGUGAAAAAAUGCCUUCCGGCCAGAGAGAAGGUACGGUAUCAAUACCGCUGACUCCGACUAGAUCAGAUUUAUAUUGGCGCAGAAUUUUCAACAAGUACGACAAGGACAAUGAUGGACGAAUAUCCUACGUAGAACUCAAAGGUAUAAUAGAGUCGAGGGAAUACGACCACGAUUUACCAGACAAUGUCGUGGAUAAGAUCAUGAGUCUCGCGGACAGGGACCAGUCUGGUUAUCUGGACUUCGCCGAAUUCGUCGAAAUGAUGCACAAUCCCGAUUUGAAAGCAGUAUUUGGACAUUUCGUCGCGAGAUACAUUCAUUCAAUAAUUCCCCAUAGAGGCCCUGUGGAUACGACUGACAGGUGGACAGGAUUCAGAGCUGUAUCUUCAUCAGAUGGCGUCCAAAGCCAUAGCAAAAGCAUAUUCACAUACACAGACGGGACAUACGAAGAGGAGUACAGUUGCUGGCCACCAGCGAUCUGCAUGAUACUGAUAUCAAUUAUUGAAAUUGUGCUGUUCUGUUAUGACGCCAGUCAUGGCAAGACUGAUGCAACGGGACCCAUCGCUCAGAUAUUUAUUUACAAUCCUCAUAAGAGGCAGGAAGCUUGGCGCUUCCUCACUUAUAUGCUGGUGCAUGUCGGUGUAGUUCAUCUCCUAGUUAACUUACUGGUGCAAUUGUUUCUCGGUGUACCGCUAGAGAUGGUACACCGAUGGUGGCGUGUUAUGCUAGUCUAUCUCGCCGGGGUGGCGGCUGGCUCACUGGCUACUAGUCUCACUGAUCCAAAAGUGUAUCUCGCUGGUGCUUCUGGUGGUGUCUACGCUCUGGUUGCGGCUCACAUCGCGACCAUAAUUAUGAAUUGGGCGGAAAUGGAAUUCGCGAUAAUUCAAUUACUCGUUUUCCUACUUCUGGCAACAGUGGAUAUCGGUACAGCCGUGUACGAUCGUUAUUGGAGGCAUUUGCAGCAAAAUAUUGGAUAUGUUGCGCAUUUGGCUGGCGCUGUAGCCGGUCUCCUGGUUGGUAUCGGUGUUCUUCGUAACCUCGAAAAGAGGAAAUGGGAGAAACGUCUGUGGUGGGCAGCCGUUGUGCUCUACUUCUCUCUGAUGAUAAUCGGUGUGCUGGCUAACAUAUUCUGGAAGACACAUUUCCAGUAAUCGUAGUAUAGCAACGUGCCACGAGAAAUGGGGCCAUAUGUUUGUAAUUUAAGAGGAGAAUUUAUUUGUUUGUAUGCAAUUUUUUUUGUCAUAUUUUAGACAUGCUAAGCUAAUUUAUUU